AUGGCUUUCCUUUCCCCUUGGGCCUGCUUACUAAUUGCCUGUUUUUCUGUUUCUUCAGCAGAAGCCUCCAAUCUCUCAGCUCUCUACCCUCCCUUAUGGAACAAGAGUCCUGGUCAGUUCAGUGACUACUUGGUGGAGAAUGGAAAGGCCAUUAUCAACCCCUGGGUAUAUCCUGAGAGAAUGGGCAUGUAUAAAAUUCUACUAAACCAGACAGCCAGAUAUUUUGAAAAAUAUGCCCCAGAAAAUGAACAAAAUCCAUUAUGGGGACUGCCUCUGCAGCAUGGCUGGCAAUAUAGAUCAGGCAGAUUAGCUGAUCCCAGCCGGAGGACAGACUGUGGCUAUGAAUCUGGAGAUCGUCAGUGCAUCUCUGUGAACAGCUGGUGGGCUGACCUCAAUUACUUUCUCUGUGCAUUACCCUUCCUUGCUGCGGUUGAUUCUGGCAUAAUGGGGAUAUCAUCAGACCAAGUCAUACUUUUGCCACCACCCGAGGAUGAGACGAAGUUUUGUCUCAGUGUUUCUACUUGUCAGUCAGCCUUCUCUAAGACAAUGAGGAAGUGGAAUGUCUUCUACCAGCAUUUGCAGUUACCUUCUAGUAGCUUUGAGGACUUGUUGAAGCACUUAUGGGUUGCACAUACCACAACCUUGGAAGAAACUUUGAAAAUAUUUGACGAAAGGUUGAAAUAUUAUUCUAAACCAGAAGAAAAUUUUGCAAGAAGUUGGGCUAUAAAUGUGGAAUAUAUAGCUGCAGCCCUUUUCCCUACAACCUUGAAUAGAGUAUAUAAUUUCCAGAGGAGUCUGCCACCAUGAGUUCUUGUUGAUGGGGAUAGAGCCCCCUACAUCAGUGACUUUACUGACCUUCAAAACACGGCACUGUUUGGUUUAAAUCUUGUUCGUGAAAUGGAUAACGCUACAGGCUUUUCCAACUCUGGAUUUUUUAACUCUGGUGAUAAGGUCAUCUCUCAGCCCUUAGGAGCAGAGCGGGCACCUGUCACAUGA